AUGUACCCCGCGGGCCCCCUGGCCGGCCCCGCUCCGCGCCGCGGCCGCCAUGCCCCGCCCGGGCGCCCCGCGCAGCCGCCGCGGCUCCCCGCGCCCACCCCGGCCCCCGCCGCGCGGCCGCCGCCCCCAGCGCCCGGGCCGCGGCCCCGCGUGGCCGUGAAGAUGGCCUUCCGCAAGGCCUACUCCAUCAAGGACAAGCUGCAGGCCAUCGAGCGCGUCAAGGGCGGCGAGCGGCAGGCCAGCGUGUGCCGGGACUUCGGGGUGCCGGGCGGCACGCUGCGCGGCUGGCUCAAGGACGAGCCCAAGCUGCGCUGGUUCCUGGAGCAGCUGGGCGGCGAGGUGGGCACGCAGCGCAAGAAGAUGCGGCUGGCCAACGAGGAGGAGAUCGACCGCGCCGUCUACUCGUGGUUCGUGGCGCUGCGCCAGCACGGCGUGCCGCUGUCGGGGCCGCUCAUCCAGGCGCAGGCCGAGGCCUUCGCGCGCCAGAUUUACGGGCCCGAGUGCACCUUCAAGGCCAGCCACGGCUGGUUCUGGCGCUGGCAGAAGCGCCACGGCAUCUCCAGCCAGCGCAUCUACGGCGAGGCCGAGCCCCUGGCCGCCGGCCCCGCGCCGGGCCCGCCGGUCAAGCAGGAGCCCGCGCCGCCCCCGGGCCCCGGCCCCGGCUCCCCGGCCGCCCGGGCCCCCGCCCCGCCGCCCCCCGCCGAGGGCGGCUACGGCGACGAGCAGAUCUACAACGCCAACGUCACCGGCCUCUACUGGAAGCUACUUCCGGAGCAGGCGGCGCCCCUGGGCGCAGGGGACCCCGGCGCGGGCGGCUGCGGGCGGCGCGGGCGCGGCGACCGGGUGACCGUGCUGCUGGCCGCCAACCUGACGGGCAGCCACAAGUUGAAGCCGCUGGUCAUCGGGCAGCUGCCAGACCCGCCGAGCCUGCGCCACCACAACCAGGACAAGUUCCCGGCCUCCUACCGCUACAGCCCCGACGCCUGGCUCAGCCGCCCGCUGUUGCGGGGCUGGUUCUUCGAGGAGUUCGUCCCCGGGGUCCGGCGUUAUCUGCGCCGCAGCUGCCUGCAGCAGAAGGCCGUUCUGCUGGUCGCCCACCCGCCCUGCCCGAGCCCAGCGGCCAGGAUGCCUGCCCUGGAGGAGAGCGAGGACGCCCUCCGGCGCUGUCGGCCUGAGCCCCUCAGCCCCCCAGAGGAGCUGCAGACCCCGGAUGGUGCGGUGCGGGUGCUAUUCCUGUCCAAGGGCAGCAGCCGGGCUCACAUCCCUGCCCCGCUGGAGCAGGGCGUCGUGGCUGCCUUCAAGCAGCUGUACAAGCGGGAGCUGCUGCGGCUAGCCGUGUCCUGUGCCGGGGGCUCCCCGCUGGACUUCAUGCGCAGCUUCAUGCUCAAGGACAUGCUCUACCUGGCCGGCCUCUCCUGGGACCUGGUGCAGGCAGGCAGUAUUGAGCGGUGCUGGCUGCUGGGCCUGCGGGCGGCAUUCGAGCCCGGGCCAGCCGGGGAGUGUGUUGGGGGGCAGCCGGCCGGCCAGGCCGAGGAGGCUGCGGAGCACAGCCGGGUGCUCAGCGACCUCACACACCUGGCCGCCCUGUCCUACAAGCGCCUGGCGCCUGAGGAGGUGGCCAAGUGGCUGCAUCUGGACGAUGACGGGGGGCUGCCCGACAGCUGCAGAGAGGAGGCGGGCCCUGGCCGGCCCCCUGUGCUGGCCCCUGCCGCCCCUCCACCCCCGGCCAGCCUACCCUCUGUCAUGGGGGGUGCAGAGGAGGAGGAGGAGGCUGCCGUGCCCACGGCCGGGGAGGCUGUCCGGGGUCUGGAGACAGCUCUUCGGUGGCUGGAGAAUCAGGACCCUCGGGAGGUGGGGCCGCCGAAGCUGGUGCAGCUGCGUUCACUGAUCAGUAUGGCUCGGAGGCUGGGGGGCAUCAGUCCCUCUCCUGCAGUCCCGGAGGAUGGGGUGUGACCAGGCCUGCCGGAGUGGCCCCCCGGUGGCUGUUCUCCUGCUGCACUUGGAGGGAGGGGACACGCACAGUCUUCCAUUUCCCCUCUUUCCUACCCUGAGAUGGCCCACCCCGUGGCUCGGGGCUACAGGGAUCCCGGUCCCCAGGCUGGCUUGUAGGGGCCCCGUUGGUGAAGGGUCAUCCCGCUCCACUCGUCCCCGUUCUCUGGAGGGGGACCUAGCAGAGGGGUCCUGGGCUCACACACGUCCUCCGUCCUCCCUGGGCAAGCAGACUCGUAGGGUCUGUGGUUUUAGCCAGGGUCCCUUGCCACACCCACCUGCCACGCACACAACGUCGUAGCGCACUUACCAGAGCAGUUUCCCGUGUUCCUGCCCUGGCCCUUGUGCGCCUUUCUGUACCUCCUGCCUUCCUCCCGGUGGCCCAUCCUGUGCACUGGACAAGGGCCCAGCACUCCCGUAAGUCGAGCCCUGCUAUCUCACAGUCCAUGUGCUACAGCCCUGCAGCCCUCUCCAUGCGGAAUCACGCGAUUCCAGUUGGGUUUUUAGCACAUUAACCCCGUUUUUACAGAUCUCCUUCCUGGGGGCCACGGUGGUAUCUCUCCACAGCCUGUGGCUGGCCUUGGAGGUUGGCUCUGUAGGGAGUGGGAAGGGACGAUGGCGGCCAGCAAGUGGGGAGCGGGAGGUUCUGGAUGCAGCUUGGAGCAUAGAUUUCUGUUCCACUGGGAUUGUUAGUUUUCCUUAAGAAAAUUGCAUUCCAAACCUCUUAGUCAAUGUGGUUAGCAACCUUGUACUCUCGGGCCCUGGUGACUUGACCAAUGGCGGAGCGAGCUCCCUGGGGCGGCCACAGCGCACUCGGUGCAGCCCAGGGCCCAGAGCGGUGCAGUCUCCCCGGAGCGGGCCUGGGGUUCUGCCAGCCACACCGGGAUGACCUCCAGUGCCUUAGUUCCCCUCCACCGCUGCCCCACCUCUGCUGGUACUGCCGAGCGAGCGUGUGGCUCAGGAGCUGUUCCCAGAGCCUCUGGCAGUUGGGCUUUGGGUGGCUCAGGUUGAGAGGAGGAGGGAGGUGUCCAUGUGUUGCUGCCCAGCGGGGGGUUCGGAGUCCUGCUGCUGCUCUGGGAUGCACCUGGAGGCAGCUGGAGGGAGCCCCCAGAGCAACUUCCCCACGAGUCUGAGAGCAAACUGUUCCUGGGAACCGUCCCUAGUCAAAAAGCGAGAGUGUGUGUGUGUGUGUGUGUGUGUGUGUGUGUGUGUGCGCGCGCGUGUGUGUGCGUGUGUGUGUGUGUGCGCGCGUGCGUGUGCGCCAUUCAUAUGGCUCAAAUCUGAAAGCUGAGGGAGGGUGUGAAGAAUUUGGGAGCGGGGGAAGCAAGGCUUGGGUAGCCAGGCCAGGGCAGCAGCCCCCAACCGGGCCCAUCCACUCCACAGCUGUGUGGAGCCUGCACCCCUAGAGGAGCUCUGGGCGUCUGCGGCUGGCUCAGGGCUUCAGCCAGUCUCACAUCUCCUACCACCUGAUGGCAGCUCAGGGCCCUAGGGCUGGGGCGCCUGGCCUCCGCCCCGCCGGGCCUGCCCACUGGAGAGCAGCCCCCAGGCCCCAGGGGCGCUAGGCAGGGGCAUCUGGGGCCCCCAAGUGUAUCUCCAUGGAAUGGCUGAAUAUUCAAAGCAGCAAAGAUCUGCUCUUGGUCAGGGUCGUGGUUAGGGCCUCCAGUGGGCUUGGCAGGGGCCUGGGAAUGGAGGCCCGGUGGGCGUGCAGGCUUCUGCUAAACCCCCCUUGACCUGCAUGUUUCAGGGGGAUGAGACCACGCUGCAACCAGGAGGGAGCCGGUCUGAGACGUGUGGCCUUGCCCAGGGGGGCUGCAUGCCUGGGAAGCGACCCAGACAUCCCUCGGGCGGCAAGUGCAAUGUCCGCACGAGCUGAGGGGAAGAGCACACCCUGCGGGGUCCCCCAGCCCACACGCCAGGAUUGCCGCGGGGAGCCCAGGGCCAGGGUCGGGCACUCUUGGUCCCCAGAUAAGGGUGUCCACAGGUGAGGCUGAUCCAGGGGCGUGUCCUUGAGAGGACCGUGGGCUUUGAGGGUGCAUGCUCGGCUCAGGGCCUUUUCACACCGACCCUUGCUGGUAGGGGGGUGGCCCAAUCAGGUGGGCCCCACGUGCUUUAUAAUAAAGGUUCGUGUCAACAUCA